AUGACCACCGCCCUCAGCGAAGACGAUCUCUACCGCACCUCGACACAAUAUCGUCUCUGGUCCUUCUCUCCCGAACAGCUCGCCGCCCAGCGCAAAAAGACGCACGAACUCGCGCUUGCCCGAGCAAAGCUAUACCAACAACAUGGCUCCGCCAACGGCGAACCCGAGCCCGUCACGCCGGCGGACUGCCUUACCGCAGAGGAAGAACUCGGCCUCGUACGCCGCUACUGCAUCGUUCUCUCCAAGAUGGCCGCACGAAUGAACAUCCCUCCGCUCAUAACGGCCACCGGAAUCCAAUACCUCAAGCGCUUCUACCUCUCCAACUCCUGCAUGACAUACCCUCCGAAAGAGCUAUACAAGACCGUCCUCUUCCUCGCGACAAAGACAGAAGCCCUGCACUGGACUGUGCAUAAGUUUACAAGGGCUUAUGCUGGUGGUGAUGCCGAAGCAGUCUUGGCGCCCGAGUACAAAGUCAUGCAAGCAUUGCGAUUCACGCUGGACGUGAGGCAUCCAUAUCGAGGCUUGAAAGGCGUCUUGAUGGAAUUGUUGAACAUGAUAGAGGGCAUCGACGGCUCGACAACGGAUGGGAGGAGCGGAAAAGAAGUGCAAGAAGCCAUGAUGGCGUUGGAUCUCCCGAAACCCGGAGCAAGCAGAACACCAUGGCAACCGCGCAAAUCCGAGAAAAUCACUGAGACGGCAUUAAGGGAUCGAGUGAUGGCCGCAUACGAGGGCGCGAGACAAUUACUCGACGCCCAUGCUCUGAUCACAGAUGCCUACUUCCUCUACACCCCCUCACAAAUCUUGCUCGCAGCACUGCGUCUCUCCGAUCCUCCCCUGGCGGCAUUCUACCUGGAUACCAAAAUCGCUCUCGAACUCCCAGCACGACCCAAGAUCCUUGCUACGAUUUCCUCCUGCGCAUCUCUCCUGUCGUCUUUCGAUCCAGAAGGAGGCAUGUCGAAGCAAGAGAGUGUAGGGCUGGAAGAGAAAUUGGAGCGAUGCCGAGAUCCGAGCACGAGAGACUUGGUUAAGAGCCAUCGAGACGCGAAGAGCGGCGGGCAGUCAGAUGAGAAGGACAAGAAGCGGAAGCUAGAACGACAGAAGAGCAGUAGGGAUGCAGACGACCUGUUUGGGCCAAGUCUUUCCAAGGGUUGA